GCAGCGCACCGCGGCCCCCCCCUCCCUCCCUCCGAUCGCCGCCGUCAACCGCCGCACCUCUGCCCGGCCUUCCCCCGAGUGCGACGGAGGAGGAGCCCAGUCGCGCGGGAGACCGACUCGCGAGCGCACAGCGUCCGUGCGUCGCCGGCCAUGGACAAUAAGGAGGAGCACACCGGCAACCACCCCGAGCGGGAGGAGGUCGAGGAGGAGGAGGACGAGGAGGCCAAGCGCGCCGUCGUGCUCGGCCCCCAGGUGCCCCUCAAGGAGCAGCUCGAGCUCGACAAGGAUGAUGAGAGCCUGAGGAGGUGGAAGGAGCAACUGCUUGGGCAGGUUGACACAGAGCAGCUCGGAGAGACUGCGGAGCCGGAGGUGAAGGUGCUGAACCUGACCAUCCUGUCGCCGGAUCGGCCGGACCUGGUCCUGCCCAUCCCCUUCGUGCCCGACGAGAAGGGUUACGCCUUUGCGCUCAAGGACGGCAGCGCCUACAGCUUCCGCUUCUCAUUCAUCGUCUCCAACAACAUUGUGUCCGGGCUCAAGUACACCAACACCGUCUGGAAGACUGGAGUAAGAGUUGAGAACCAGAAGAUGAUGCUGGGGACAUUCAGUCCCCAGGCAGAGCCCUACACAUAUGAGGGUGAAGAAGAGACCACCCCUGCUGGCAUGUUUGCAAGAGGCUCCUAUUCUGCUAAACUAAAGUUUGUUGAUGAUGAUGGAAAGUGCUACUUGGAGAUGAGUUACUACUUUGAGAUUAGGAAGGACUGGCCAACCGGCCAAUGAUGUGGGAACAAGGCUUCAUUCCAUGUUAGCUCAUAGCUAAGCCAAGGCAGAUUGGCAGAUUGCGCUGUCGCUUCUAGAGACCAUUACAAUCAUUCCUUUACGCCGUCGCCCGUCGUUAACCGCCUUUCUUUUUAAACUUUGUUGUUCCGAGCCUACUUAAUUUUCACCCUCUUUUUUUUCUUUUCUUUUUCUUUCCGCAUAAUGUUCAUUCAAACUCGCUAUAUAAUCGGUUCUCCCUGGAGAUACUCUGAUACUGCUAUUUAUAUAUGUACCCGAUCGACUUGUUGCUUGUCCGAAA